AUCAUUGAGAAGUGAUCGUGAAGUGAGUGUUUUGUGAAGUGACUGUGUAUUUUCAAGUGAUAUUCCUUCAUUUUGGAUUUUUUAUCUGUUGGCGAAAUCACAAGAAACACGACCAACAUGAGCGAGCACGAGUCCCAAAUACGCGCCUUCUACUCAGGCAAGAACUUCUUCAUCACUGGUGGCACCGGCUUCGUCGGGUUAUGUCUUAUUGAAAAGAUACUGAGGUCUAUCCCUGACGUCGGCAAACUGUAUUUGCUGAUGAGGCCGAAAAAAGGCAAGGAAAUAUCGCAAAGGCUCGAAGAGUUCCCCAAGAAUCCGAUAUUCGAGAAGUUGAUAGAGAGCCGUACAACUGAUGUCUUCAAGAAGCUGGUGGCUAUAUCGGGGGACGUGGGCGAGGACGGCUUGGGGCUCAGCGCUCAGGAUCGGCAGACGUUGAUCGACAAUGUGAAUGUUGUGGUGCACUCGGCCGCUACACUCGACUUUCAGGAGAACUUGCGGCCCACGGUGAAGAUCAACUUGCUGGGGACGAGACAAGUGACGGAAUUGUGUCGGCAGAUCAAGGAUCUGAAGGUUCUAAUCCACGUGUCUUCGGCCUUUGUGAACUCCUACCUGAACGAGGCUCACGAGAAAGUGUACGAAUCGCCAGCUGACGCUGAGAAAGUCAUUGAAAUGGUCAAGAGCAUGAGCGAUCAAGCGUUGGACGAUAUAGAACCUCAACUUCUAAAGACACAUCCAAACACAUACACGUUCACGAAACAUCUGGCUGAACACGAAGUGGUCAAAUGUGCUGAUAUGUUCCCGUGCACAAUAGUUCGGCCCACUAUGAUCGUGGCGUCGUGGAAGGAGCCGGUACCCGGCUGGACUUGUUCCAAAGUGGGACCCCAAGGAUUCCUCAUGGGCGCUGCUAAAGGUGUCGUCCGCCGAUUACCGUUGGCAGCUGAGAAUAUAGCCGAUUAUAUACCUGUAGAUGUUGUGGUCAACCAAUUACUCGUGGCUGGAUGGGACGCGGCAAAAUCCAAAUCCGGCCUGACCGUGUACCACUGUUCAUCAUCAACGUGCAAGCCGUUCCAGUGGGUGAUGAUUGAACCGCUCAUCAACGGAAUGCUGCACAAGUAUCCGUUGAAAAGUGCCGUUUGGUAUCCGCAUUUGAAAUUCGUGCCUUCAUUAUUCAUGUUCCGUUUGUCCGCCAUUUUUGUCCAUUUCUUCCCGGCAAUACUCCUGGAUAUGCUGUUAAGGAUCACUGGAGGGAAGCCUAUAUUGUUCCGUCUUCACAAGAACGUGUGGAAUUCUCUCAAACGUCUGGAAACGUUCAUUUUCAAUGAAUGGAAAUUCCACAAUCCCAACACUAUGGAUUUGGCAAAACGGUUGAACAAGACUGACAGCGAAUUGUUUUAUAUAGAUAUCACUUCUAUCAAUUGGGUAUCAUACUUCACAAAUCUCCAUUUGGGCGUCCGUCGUUACUUGAAUAAUGAAAAGGAGAAGACUAUGGAACCCGCUCGAGGGAAGGAUACCAUUCUCCUUGUGUUCCACGUGGUAUGGCAAAUCCUGAUUCUGGGAGGGCUUUGGUAUUUAUUCUCGAUGGCCACCGGCCUUACUAUGACUCGGAGUGCAUGGGUCGCGCCAAUUAUAUAUAUAUUAUACAGUUGCUUGUAAAAAAAAAAGAUUUGUUUCGGGUCCGUAUCGGGAGUCAUAAUUUUUUUUGGCAUAAUUUGUAAACUGCAUUUUUUGGCAUAACCAACGUUUCGUAUAAAGGUUUUAGUUAUAUGUAUAACAUACGGACGCAUGUAAUCGCAUCUUUAUGCUUCACUUGGUAGGCAGAGACUGCUUAAUGAUAAGAUUUUUUUUUUAUAGUGUCAAAUACAUGAAAAGUUAUGCGGAAUGAUUAUUAUGUUAAACGUUUUGCAGUCAUUAAAUUAUGACAAAUGAAUAUGAAUAUAGACCCUUUCUUCUUUCUUCGAAUUAUGUGCCUCGUAUCACAUUGCCAAUUUAAAAUAUAUAAUACAUUCCGUAUUUUUUAUACUUUGAAGGCAAAGAUUUGAUAUUUGUAUCUCAAAAUUGAUCAAAAAUCUCAUGUUUAAAUCUCGUUUUAAAGUAUUAUUUUGAUAUUUUUCAGGUAAUUUUAAUUAACAUAUUAUUAUGUUUUAAUGAAGAUCGAAUCUUUUUCUUUUAUUUUCUUUUUGUGUAUUUUUGUGUUUAACACAAAUUUUUUUUUCCGGACAUGAGCUUAAAUCUUAAGGUCCGUUUUUAUACCUAUGUUAUCCAAUUAACUUAUGUAUAACUUGCGUAGUUUUAAUGAUAAAAUACAUGUAUGUAAAUUGUUGCCUUUUAGGACUUUUAGGACGAAUGCUUAUGCCAAACGGCUUCGCUUAGUAAUCUCUUUAUGUUAUUUUAUUAUGUUAUUGAUACAUUUUGUAGUUUUGAUGCAAAAAAAAGCUACUAAAAUUACUAUAAGUGACCUUAAACAUAUAUACAGGGUUACUUUUGAAAUAUCAACAAGUGAAGCAGCUGGCAAACACACUGUUUUUUUUUCUUCACUAUCACAAACAAAACAAAAUCAAAAUCAAUUCAUCCGUUCUAACGGUAUCACGCCAUAGACAGAUAGACUACACUCACACACAGACACGUCAAACAUAUGACACCCCGUCGUUUUAGAAUAGAAUAGAUUAAUUUUCAAAAUUGGAUACAAGGUAUCACUUAUUGACGUCAUAUCACUUAAAUCUAAUUAUAACUACUACAGCUUCCAAAGCGCAUGUGUAGAAGAAGCGGCGGAACAAACUACACUGCAGCAUUUUCAUCGGACGUCAAUUUACAAAUACAAUUUUCACGUCGGGGAUUUAAAGUUUUACAAAUUAAUAAAAAAAAAACUUUAUUUGAACAAAUGAUCUUUAUGUGAUAUAGCGGUCGUCUCGUGGUGUUUCACAAAUACAUAUAUACAUAAAAUCACGUCUCCUUCCCGGAGGGGUAGGUAGACCAUACAUCCUUUCACUUGCCAUGUACCCUGCAUACUUCUUUCGCUUCAUUCACAUUCAUAACUCUCUUCAUGCAAGUUUAACAAGUAAUCCUGUAUAUUUCUUAUUGUGGUGGUAUAAGGUGGUUCGCUGUAUUAAUCAUUUAAGAAAAUAAUAAUGUAAUCAAUUUGAAGAGAAUAAUAUUUUUUCAGUUUCGGUAAAAUACCAAAAAACAAUUAUUUUUAAGGUUUGACGACUUGUAUCCGUGGCAGUAAAGAUCUUAAAUUAAAAAAAAACGAUGUUUUUGGCAUUCGACCGAAAAUGGAAAAGCAUAAUUAUAGCGAUUGUGUAAUAAUUAAGGCAAAAUUAGCUUAAUAUGGCAUUAGGGAGAAUUUUUAUUUUAAUAAAUUAUUA